AUGGGAUUCCUGUCCAUUGAUAUCAUAGGUCCUCUAAGACUAGCUACAGUAUGCGUGGGUUUCGCUUCUUUGCUUUCAUUAUGGCUCAUCAUUACAACUAUCGUGGCAUGGUAUCGACUUCGACACAUACCCGGCCCAUUCUUUGCCUCGUUAUCUCACCUUUGGGUAGCGAAACGCAUAUUCUUCAAUACGCUCAAGAAGGACUUCACCGGGCUCGCAAAGUACGGGACCCUAGUACGGAUAGCGCCCAAUUAUGUAGUGACCAGCGAUCCAAAUGUCCUUCGCCAGAUUGCAUCAGCCCGAAGUACCUACGGUAAAGAUGAGUGGUAUGAAAUGAUUAAAUUUGAUCCAGAGCAUGAGAACAUGGUUACUUUACUCGAAAACCAUGCGCAUGACCAGCGUAAAGCAAAGACUAUUAAAGGGUACAACGGACGAGAGAAUGCCGAUCUCGAAUAUGCUAUUAAUAAACAGAUUGCCCACCUCAUCGAUGUCAUCAGGGGCAAGUAUCUAUCGGGGCCUGAAAAUCGAGCUCGUUGUGUCGAUUUCGCUUCUUUAUCCCGUUACUUUACUCUAGAUGUGAUCACCCGGCUUGCGUAUGGCCAAGCAUUUGGCUUCCUAGACGCUGACGGGGAUUUAUAUGAAUACACGACCAAGAUAGACAAGGCGCUCAGGAUUAAUAACCUUUGCCAGGAGGUUCCAUUUCUUAAGCGGAUAAUAUUUUCCCGUCCCUUCCACGCAUUAUUCGGCCCACAGCCAACCGACGAAAAGGGCAUUGGGAAGAUUGUGGGGCUCACGCAUAAGAUUAUUGGAGAAAGAUUCCGAGAUGCGAACCCUCCGGAUGACAUGAUGGGGUCGUUCAUUCGCCACGGCAUGACAGAGGAUGAAUGCAGGAGCGAAGCUAUGCUUCAGAUUCUGGCUGGGGCGGAUACGACAGCAGUAGCUAUUCGUACUACGCUGAUGUAUAUCGUGGCCACGCCUCGGGUAUACUCACGGAUUAAGACAUUGAUCAAACAAGGCGUGGAGCGCAACGAAGUAUCUACCCCUAUCACAUACGAGGAAGCUCAAAAACUGCCCUACUUGAAGGCAAUCAUCCUAGAAGGCAUUCGAAUGCGAAGUCCCUCAGUAUACGGGCAUUACAAGAAAACUCCACCGGAAGGGGAUACGAUCAACGGGAUUUUUAUUCCUGGCGGUACUGCAGUCGGCCACAACUCCCUAGCAAUGGCUCGCAGCGAAGCCAUAUUCGGCGAAGACGUCGAGGUGUUCCGACCAGAGCGUUUCCUCGAGUGUGAUGAGAAAACCAAGGCCGAAAGAGCGUCUACAAUAGACAUUUUUUGGUCACGGCCGGUGGACAUGUGCCGGGAAGCCGAUUGUUAUGAUAGAGCUUCACAAAGUCUUCUUUGA